AGAUGAAAAAGAAAACGUUUCAUUAAGCGUAUCGACGCCGGCGUUUGACCGUUAAACCUAAAAGAAGAAAAGGGAAAAAAUCCCCAAAAGAAGAAGAAGAAGAAGAAGAAGAAGAACGAGGAGAGAGAGAAAGAGAGAGUUCACAAAUUUCGCGUGUUAUCAUAUUUCUCCCAAAAACCGUUAUCGACGGAGCAUUUCCUCCGCGCACCGCCACCUGAGGAGGCCGAUAAGAAUACGGCGACGGCGGUGCCGGCAAAAAGCCAGGACGACGUCGUUCGCCGGAAGAGAAGAACGAAAAAGAGAAUACAUAAACUGAAAUAAGUUUGCAGGAUUUUUAUUUUUUGGAUUUUCCCAUUUCCUUUGCGUGGAUCUGAGAGUUUUUGUGUUUCGGAGAGAGGCGGAUGAUGGUUUCGAGAGGAUUGUUCGGUUGGUCCCCGCCGCACGUGCAACCUCUGACGCCAGUUUCGGAGGUUUCGGAGCCGCCGGAGUCUCCGUCGCCGUACCUUGACCCUGGCGCCGAGACCUCCGCGUCGCAGCAGCAGGUGGAGGUCGAUGAGGAGAUUGAGGAGCCGGAGGAGGUCGAGCCUCCGCCGGCGGCGGUUCCUUUCUCGAGGCUCUUCGCCUGCGCUGACCGGUUCGACUGGUUCCUCAUGGCUGCUGGUUCGGUCGCCGCCGCAGCUCACGGCGCCGCCCUCGUCGUUUACCUGCACUAUUUCGCGAAGAUCAUACAUGUGCUGGUGGAACCUAAGCACGAGCUGUUUCACAGGUUCAAUGAGCUUGCUUUAACCAUUGUUUAUAUUGCCGCGGGAGUUUUUGCAGCUGGUUGGAUUGAGGUUUCUUGCUGGAUUUUGACUGGAGAACGGCAGACUGCUGUCAUAAGGUCAAAAUAUGUUCAAGUGUUACUAAAUCAAGAUAUGAGCUUUUUUGAUACUUAUGGAAAUAAUGGAGACAUUGUAAGUCAAGUUUUGAGUGAUGUGCUGCUUAUUCAGUCUGCCCUUAGUGAAAAAGUUGGAAAUUAUAUUCACAAUAUGGCUACGUUCUUCAGUGGUCUUGUCAUUGGACUCAUAAAUUGUUGGCAGAUUGCUCUGAUAACGUUAGCAACAGGUCCGUUUAUUGUUGCUGCUGGAGGAAUAUCAAAUAUAUUCCUCCACCGACUUGCAGAGAAUAUUCAAGAUGCAUAUGCUGAAGCGGCUAGCAUUGCCGAACAGGCAGUUUCGUAUGUAAGGACAUUGUAUGCAUUCACAAAUGAAACAUUGGCCAAGUAUUCCUAUGCAACAUCACUGCAAGCUACUCUUAGAUAUGGUAUAUUAAUAAGUCUUGUUCAAGGGCUUGGUCUUGGAUUUACAUAUGGGCUUGCAAUAUGUUCUUGUGCAUUGCAACUCUGGGUUGGAAGGUUCUUGGUUAUACAUGAAAAAGCACAUGGUGGUGAAAUUAUAACAGCCCUGUUUGCUGUAAUUCUAAGUGGCUUGGGAUUGAAUCAAGCAGCAACAAACUUCUACUCUUUUGAUCAGGGGAGAAUUGCUGCUUAUAGAUUAUUUGAGAUGAUAAGCCGGUCAUCCUCAUCUGAUGAUCAUGACGGCAUUACUCCUGAUUCUGUGCAAGGAAAUAUAGAGUUUCGGAAUGUUUAUUUCAGCUAUCUGUCUCGUCCUGAAAUCCCUAUCUUGAGUGGAUUUUAUCUUAGUGUACCUGCUAAGAAAGCUGUGGCUCUUGUUGGCAGAAAUGGCUCUGGGAAAAGUAGUAUUAUUCCACUAAUGGAGCGUUUCUAUGAUCCUACAUUAGGGGAAGUUCUUCUAGAUGGAGAAAACAUCAAGAACUUGAAACUUGAAUGGCUUAGGAGCCAAAUAGGACUAGUCACCCAGGAGCCUGCUUUGCUUAGUUUGAGUAUAAGAGAUAAUAUUGCUUAUGGGAGGGAUGCCACCAUGGAUCAAAUUGAAGAGGCUGCUAAAAUAGCUCAUGCACAUACAUUUAUCAGCUCAUUGGAGAAAGGUUAUUACACACAGGUUGGCAGGGCUGGUCUGGCUUUGACUGAAGAGCAAAAAAUAAAACUUUCUAUUGCUAGAGCUGUGCUUUUAAAUCCAUCAAUUCUUCUACUUGAUGAGGUUACUGGUGGUCUUGAUUUUGAGGCUGAGAGGGCUGUUCAGGGGGCUUUGGACCUACUUAUGUUGGGACGCUCAACAAUAAUAAUUGCUCGACGGCUUAGUCUCAUAAGGAAUGCUGAUUAUAUCGCUGUUAUGGAGGAAGGUCAACUUGUUGAAAUGGGUACUCAUGAUGAAUUAUUGUCCUUGGAUGGCUUAUAUGCAGAGCUUCUUCGAUGUGAAGAGGCAGCAAAACUUCCCAAGAGGAUGCCUGUUCGAAAUUACAAGGAGACUGCAGCGUUUCAAAUUGAGAAGGAUUCUUCAGCAAGUCAUAGCUUCAAGGAACCAUCCUCCCCUAAAAUGUUGAAGUCACCUUCUCUUCAAAGAGUAUCUAAUGUAUCCCGCCCUCCAGACGGAACCUUUAACUUGCUUGAAUCUCCAAAGGCCCGGAGCCCACCACCUGAGAAGAUGGUGGAAAAUGGUCAGGCCCUUGAUGGAGCAGAUAAGGAGCCAUCAAUAAGAAGGCAGGAUAGUUUUGAGAUGAGACUUCCAGAGUUACCCAAGCUUGAUGUGCAGUCUCUGCAUCGUCAAAAAUCAAAUGGUUCUGACCCAGAAUCUCCUGUUUCUCCCCUUUUAACAUCUGAUCCCAAGAGUGAACGCUCUCAUUCGCAGACUUUUAGUAGAACGCAGAGUUACUCUGAUGAUCUUUCAGCUGAAAAGAGAAAAUUGAAGGAUACAAGGCAUCAAAAACCACCAUCACUUAGGAAGCUUGCUGAGCUUAGCUUCGCUGAGUGGCUUUAUGCUGUGUUAGGAAGCAUAGGUGCUGCUAUCUUUGGUUCUUUCAAUCCUCUUCUUGCUUAUGUAAUUGGCCUUGUGGUGACAGCUUACUAUAAUAUUGAUAAAGAACAUCACUUACGAUGGGAGGUAAACAAGUGGUGUUUGGCCAUUGGCUGCAUGGGUAUUGUGACAGUAAUUGCCAACUUUUUACAGCAUUUCUACUUUGGUAUCAUGGGGGAGAAAAUGACAGAAAGGGUUAGGAGAAUGAUGUUCUCAGCCAUGCUUCGCAAUGAAGUUGGGUGGUUUGAUGAUGAGGAAAACAGUGCUGACAAUUUAUCCAUGCGAUUGGCCAAUGAUGCUACUUUUGUACGAGCUGCUUUUAGCAAUAGGCUGUCUAUAUUUAUUCAGGACAGUGCUGCAAUUAUUGUUGGUCUUCUGAUUGGUGCCUUGCUGCACUGGCGGUUAGCACUUGUGGCUUUUGCAACCCUUCCAAUUCUCUGUGUUGCUGCAAUUGCCCAGAAGAUGUGGCUUGCUGGAUUUUCAAGGGGCAUACAGGAAAUGCAUAGAAAGGCAUCUUUGGUUCUUGAAGAUGCAGUUAGAAACAUUUACACUGUUGUUGCAUUUUGUGCUGGUAAUAAGGUAAUGGAACUUUAUAGGCUGCAGUUGAAGAAAAUAUUUAGGAAGAGCUUUCUUCAUGGGAUGGCAAUCGGUUUUGCAUUUGGCUUUUCACAGUUCCUACUUUUUGCUUGUAAUGCCCUUCUACUUUGGUACACUGGGAGAUGUGUAAAACAUGGUUAUGUGCAACUAUCUACUGCACUCAAGGAGUAUAUGGUUUUCUCAUUUGCGACAUUUGCGCUUGUAGAGCCUUUUGGAUUGGCUCCUUACAUCCUUAAACGACGGAAGUCUCUCAUAUCAGUGUUUGAUAUCAUAGAUCGUGUGCCUAAAAUUGAUCCUGAUGAUAGCUCAGCAUUGAAGCCACCCAAUGUACAUGGAAGAAUUGAGUUAAAAAAUGUUGAUUUCUGUUACCCAACUCGUCCAGAAGUUUUGGUAUUGAGCAAUUUUAGUCUCAAAGUCAAUGGUGGGCAAACGGUUGCUAUUGUGGGAGUUUCUGGGUCAGGAAAGAGCACUAUUAUAUCUUUGAUUGAGAGGUUUUAUGAUCCAGUUUCUGGCCAAGUUUUACUUGAUGGAAGGGAUUUGAAGGUAUACAACUUGAGAUGGCUGAGGAGCAUAAGGGAAAACAUCAUAUAUGCAAGGCACAAUGCCAGUGAAGCUGAGAUGAAAGAGGCUGCAAGAAUAGCAAAUGCCCAUCACUUUAUUAGCAGCUUGCCUCAUGGUUAUGACACUCACGUUGGGAUGCGAGGUGUUGACUUAACUCCUGGACAAAAACAGAGAAUUGCAAUUGCGAGGGUUGUGCUGAAAAAUGCGCCUAUCUUGUUGUUGGAUGAAGCAAGCUCAUCAAUUGAAUCCGAGUCAAGCCGGGUGGUGCAAGAAGCUCUAGACACACUAAUAAUGGGGAACAAGACCACCAUUUUAAUUGCGCAUAGGGCUGCAAUGAUGAGGCAUGUGGACAAUAUCGUAGUGCUUAAUGGGGGACGGAUAGUGGAGGAGGGGACUCAUGAUUCAUUGAUGGCUAAGAAUGGUCUGUAUGUCCGAUUGAUGCAACCUCAUUUUGGUAAGGCUUUGCGUCAGCAUCGGCUUGUUUAGACUGGAACAAUGUGACGUGAGUAACUUGUGUUGCUACUAAUGUUUGGUUCACGAGCAUAGUUUCAUUUUCUGCUUGAAGUUGAAUCACUGGGGACUCUUGCACCUGAUGGAUUUUCCGAGAAUGUCAGGUGGAAGUUGUGGGUCGACGGCCAAAAUGGAGCUCGGGUUAGCACACAGCACUGGUAGGCAUAGGAAGAGAAUACUGUAUUAGGGAUAUAGGAUGUGUAGGAAUUAAAGAUAGGAUUUUUGGAGUUUGGUUGGUUUGUGGAUUUGGGGUGGUUGGAUUCUUUUGGAAGCAUGAAACUUAGAACGAAGGUGUAAUGUAUCCAUGGUAUUGAUUUGGUUUCUCUAGAGAGGGGGUGGAAUCAACACACUAGUUCUGCUGAGGUCACUACUUUUUCACUCUCCUUAACUCAACCGUGGAUGAUGGAUGAACUUAUUGUUAACUGUAAUUUUGUUUUAUAUUUUUGAAUCUGUGAAAAUUGUAGAAAAUUGAGAAUCCGAAAGAUGUAACCUCUGUAUAUAUACAAUGAUAGUUUAGAAGGCAUUAGUUUUGCUGCUUGAAUUCAAUGUGUGUUCUUUUCAUUUUGGUUUCAAUUGUAAACACAAGCUUCAAUUGUAGAAAUACUGAAAUAGAUAAGACAGGUCAGUGCACUAAAUGUCCCAUUUCAUGAUCUGCUUUGCAUACUCAA